AUGGUGAAGGAAAGCCGCCAAUUCGCUGCUGGCGCGGCGCCAUCUGGUGGAUGGCAGGGAGAUGCCCGCGAAUCAGUCUCUCUUCCAGAUACCAUCACCUGUAUGCUGUGUGAUAGAGAGCUGCCACUUGAGAGAUACAGCCCUUCUGCAAAGAAGCGCCUCCUCGCGGAAAUCCGUAAGAAGGGGAUUGAGGUAUUGGAUAACCAGCAAGUUGUCCGAUGUGAUUGUUGCGGCACCCAGUCGCGCUCCGAGAUUCCUUGCAUGACUUGCAAUCAGGUCCGGUCCAUCAACGAGUUCGCCCACACCCAGCGCCAGCUUCAGCAGCCGACUUGCCUUCUAUGCCAGGACAGCUUGCAGCUUGAUGAGCGUGACAAGAUGGCUGAGGAUCCGGACGAGAUCACUGAGCUCCCCCAAGUGCUCGAUGAGGGUGACAAUGUCACUGCUACGCAGGACGAGCUGGACAAGCCGGUCAGCGAGCUCACCCGCGCUAUGGCAAACUUGGAUCCCGGUCGAGUGACUGAAAAGAACUCCGAGUCCGCCCCCGUCAUUACCAGAACUAUUGGAAUGGCUGAGAAUAUCAUGCGCCAGGAACCCGCCCUGGAGGAGAACGAGGAUACAUUCGUGCCUACAAAUCGUCGUUUCGGAAUGAGAGCGGAGAGCUGGAGCGGCGGCGCAAGUUCCGCUUCGGCCAUUCGAGCUCCCACCCAGAACCAGAACAUCAUCGGAGAUAUGUCGUUUGCGGUUGUCUUUGGCUACGAUGAUGAUGUGUACUACACCAGUUCCUACCAGUGGUGA